AUGCAGAAAGACUAUCUCAAAAGGACUCAGCCAGAGCCUACAGCUAGUGCUUCUGCUGAAGCGUCGUCACCGGUUCCACCCUCGCCUGUCAGCCCCAACACUGUCACUUGGACAAACAAGUAUCUCCCAAGCCGAAAGUCUACGACCGCAAGUGUUGUUGACAAUUCCGGUCAAGAAGUCGGUGAUGAUCGGAUCAUUCUGUAUAUCCACGGCGGCGCAUUUUUCUUCUCAUCUCUCGAGACCCAUAGAUACCAAGUGCAGCGCCACGCCCGCAAAGCCGGUGCCAGAGCCUUCUCUCCAGCCUACCGUCUUUCCCCACAGUACCCCUUCCCUUGCGGCCUCCUGGAUUGCUUGGCCUCCUACCUCUACCUCAUCUCUCCACCGCCGUCCGCCCCGCACAAACCCAUCCUCCCCACCAACAUCAUCUUCAUGGGCGACUCUGCUGGGGCCGGCAUGUGCGUGAGUCUGCUGGUCUUGAUCCGAGAGAUGGGUUUGCCCAUGCCAGCGGGUGCCAGCUUGAUAAGCCCGUGGGUAGACCUGACACAUAGUAUGCCGAGCAUUGGAGGAUGGGACGGAGGUGAUUUCAUCCCUUCCUCGGGAUUCCAUUACAAGCCCAGCUGUGCUUGGCCUCCGCUCCCCGGUAGCGGAAUCGACAUUACCAUGGCGGAUGGGUCUACCAAGAGAGUGGAUGAGCAGGUACAGAUGUACUGCCCCAACGACUUGUUGACCCAUCCUCUCGUAUCGCCUGUCAAUCAAGGGUCACUGGGCGGACUGUGUCCGCUGCUGAUCCUUGGAGGAGGAGCAGAGCUUCUCAGAGAUGAAAUCGUCUACUUGGCGCACAAAGCCGCCGACCCCGAACGAUACCCACCAUCCUCCUCCACCCUCGCAGAAUACCCUGAUCAAGUGCCGAAGAUCACAAAGUAUAAGCCUACCAAGGUUCAUCUGCAGAUCUAUGAAGGUUGCUGCCAUGUAGUGCCUACCAUGAGCUGGACGAAAAGUAGCAAGUACAUGUACCGGGCUUGUGCCAACUUCAACAUAUGGGCUUUCAAUGCUGCGCACAAAGCUCUCGAAAAGAAGCUGCAGCACAAGGAAUCAAGCAAGUCUAUCAAAAAGUCUAGGUCGUCAGCUUCGUUGAAGAAGACCGCUCUGGCCAACGGUCUUUCCAGCCUGACCAUCCCCGACUCUUCCAACGGUGGUCCUCAGUCUGCACACAGCUCCAAGAGCUCUCCGACCAACUUUACUACCUCUCCGACCAAUCUCGCACCCUCUCCUAUCAACACCACUUCACCUCUCGUCAACUCUGCAUCUCCUACACCUCCUUCGCCCGCCAUCUCCAACUCAUCCAGCCAGCAGAAUACACUCGACCUUACACAGCCCAUCAUCACCUCUUCUGCUGCAUCUGCUGCCAACGGCAAGCCCAUUUCCUUCAACGAAGCGCAGUCAGAGGCAGAGUCGGAGGAAGAGGACGAUGAUUCUUCCUCUGAUGAUGGGGAUGAUACGGAUGAGGAGAGUGGAGCGGACAAGGGCCCAAGGACUGGAGUUGUCACGGUCAAUGGGACAGAGCCCUUGUUUGGAAACGUCAACAUCGUGCCGGAGCGAGUUUCUACGCACGGCAAUAUCCGGCCAUUUGAGGAUAUCGCCGCUGUCCCUGCUCUCCAGCCUGGCUUGCGAGAGCACAUAGGGCGGGUACACGGUGAAGGCGCCGUCCAGAAAUGGCUCAACAAAAGAGCCGAUUGGGACAAAAAGUACUCUCGCGACCUCGCCAAAUGGCGCAAGCUGCGUAGCGAAGACCGAGCUAAAGCCGAGAAGGAUGGUUUCUUGACACGAGACUUACAAGGAGAGAACCCGCCGAUGUGUGCGGUGGCGGGAUUGUGGGAUGAAAAGCUUGCGGGCGACGUGGCUAGGAGUGUUGAUGAGGUUUAUGCGAGGAGUGCGGCAUUGGGUUGGUGGACAAAGUGGGGUUCCAAGGCCGACAAGGAGCAUGCCGAAAAGCACGAGCUCCGCGAGAUCAAAUCGCGAGCAGAGGAAGAGAGCAAGCUCCGAACCCAGAGUCUGGACGAUCUUCCUUCCUCCUCUACGAGUACUCCCACACUGAUUACACCUCCUGCUGUCGGGUCUUAUGGUAAGUUUGGCUCCAGGGAAGGGAGUAGGGGUCAGCUCUUUGUGGAACCGGAAGCAAUCCUGGAGGAUGCCGAUGGAGAGGAAGUGCACGAGACUGAGGCGGCUAAGCGGUAG